AUGAAGAAACAACCAUUUUGGGUUUCGAAAUGCUGAACUAAAACAGCCGAGUUUGUCAAAAGUCUCGAUGUCUUUGGUUCUCCCAUCCAAUUGUUUUAUAAGGAUGAUAAUAGCUUCAAUACCAUUGUUGGAGGCAUCUGAAGUUUAGUUAUUCUGGUGAUUUCGGUUUUGUUUUCGAUUCAUCUGUUUAAAGUGAUGUUUGAGCGUAGCAGAAUUAAUUAUACAUUUCAUUCUAUUGUCAGAGACCUGACCAACGAUCAUGAAGAUGAGUUUCCAGGUCGAUUCGGAUUUGAUAUUGCUAUUGGGUUCAGAGGUGACACCACUAGUUUGUUAGACCCAAUUUACCAGAAGCUGUAUGAACUUGAAGUAGUCCAGAAAAUUGUAACAAACAAUGGUGGAAUAAUCACCGAACAGUUGGUUCCUCUGGAGCUCCAAAAAUGCGGUUCAGAUUUUCCGUACAGUGAAGCAAGUUUAAUCAAAGAAUUCAAAAUUAACCAAUAUGUCUGAAUUAAAAACAAAGACUUUGCAGUUUCAGGGAACAGAUACUCUCCAGUCAGAAAGUCUGUUAGAAUAUCGCUACGCAAAUGAAACUCAUCCAAGACAGUUGACUGUAAGACUGAUUCUGAAAUCGAUGCUGAUGCAUUACUCAGAGAACUUGAAGUGCUGAUGAUCGAUAGCUACUUUGACAUGAAUAGUAUUUCACAUCCGGUGAAAACAUUCUUGACACAAGAAUAUUUUUACCCAGUGCAGGCUAAUUUUGUGCACCAAGCAGAGAUAUUCUUAACAAAGAACGAAUUGGCAAGAUCUGAUGACUACUUUAUGCUUAAUGGUGAGAAAGACAGCACUUUCUACACUACCAGUGCAGGCAAAACUCAGAGGUUUCAAGAUUCUAGCUCAUCAGAACUUGCUACAUUCGAGAUUUUUCUAGACUCCAGAAUCAAUUACUACAGUAGACAGGUAUUCACAAUUCUUGAAGUGUUGGCUAGCUUUGGUGGGUUUUACAGUUUAUUGAAUCAAAUUAUUGGAUUUUGAGUUCUGUUCUAUUCUAGAAACAUGAUGUACCACUCGAUAUUGUCGAAGUGAUACACAGUUUAUGAUACAAAAGCAGACAACAACAUCUAUGAGCCUAGAGUCGAGUCGCUUUCUGAUCAUCAGAGAAUCAACUCUGUCGAACAAAUUCUAGCAAAUCAAGAGCAAAGUCCAAGAAUCAAGAAAAAUCUUUCUUCUGAGAACCAAAAAUAUGACAGCGAAGAAUUAGAAGGGGGAAGUUCAGAAUCCAACAAUGAACCCCCUGCAAGUUUGAGAAACGAUAUUUCAAAGUAUGAAAAAUUUAAUAUUCUUCGCCAGAAGCUCAAGCAAACUAGAAGGUUCGGGUUCAGCACCAAAGAUUGACUUUACAACAUAUUCUGACCUUUCAAGUGCAAAUAAAUUAUGCAAAAACAAAUACUCACAAUACCAAAUUUAUUCAGAAGGAUUCAAGCAGUACUCGUCUGAAAUGAAUGUAACACGUCUGAUCUCUGCCAUUCAUCAGCAAGAGACGUUGUUCAGAACAAUUCUCACGACUCAACAGCGUAUUCUCUGUGAUUACAGCAAUUUAAGAAACAUCCAAUGAGCUAAGGAAACAUCUCCUAGCUUCUUAAAAAUUCCUCGGACAAGCUCUCAAGAAUCUUCAGCAAAUUUCAAAGAGUCAGUUAAUAUGUUGAUAAACACUUAUAAGCACAAACCUUUAUCUGAAGUUGACUUAAAUUUGCUAAACCAGGUUGAUCCAUUUUUGUUCAGCGCCCAUAUACCUUCUUCUGAAUCGCGUCAAAGAAAAUCAAUCCUUAGAAAGAAGCCUAAGCAACCUAAAAUUUCCAGUUUACAAAAGAGCUCUCAAAAAUCUUCUCAGCACUCUUCAUCCUUCUCACUGCACCUGCAGGAUAACUCAUCAGGGAUCCUACCGCACAACAAAACAAUCCUAUCCUCAAUGAAACCUCUGCCUGCUCACGGACAGUUAAGUUCUUUAAAUGGGUAG